CCUAACCGUUCGCACCUUUCCGAAAAUAGAGCUUCCGUUUGUCCGCUCCUCUUCGUUAGUGUCUCUCCACUCCUUAAAAGCUCUCACUCUUCUCUCCUCUCAUGUCAGAUUUCCAUUUCUUCUUUGGAUUCGCAGUCGCACGGAACCAGUUUUGCAAGUUUGAACCCUAAAAGUUCAUCAAUGGCGGACGAGACGAUUGGCAAUGGCGCACCAUCGGACGUCGAUUAUCAGACGGGAGAAGAAGAUGUGAUGACAAGGCGAGAUGCUGGUUUUUUUGGUAGGGAUUCCAAGGUUUUAGAGAUAAACCGAAAGAUCGAAGCUCUGGAAUAUGAGAAUUCUGAAUUGACACGCGAGAGGGGGAAGAGUGAGGGGAAAAUCAAGGAAUUGAUGGAAGUGAUCGAAGGAUUGAGGACUGAUGGUGCUGCGUUGAAGGAUAAGCAGGAAGAGUUGCAGAGGGAGAUCGAACAAUCUUCUGAAGACAAGAAGGCUCUGCAAGUUAUCUCCGCACGUGCGGUUGAGUUGGAGACGCAGGUCGCUCGCCUCCAGCACGAUCUUGUCUCCUCGAUGACAGAAAGCAGUGAAGCGGCGGCGGAGUUGCGAGAGGUUAAGGAUGCAUUAGAAGAACUUAAACAGCGCAAUCUGACUAAGGAGGCGAAGGUUAAAAGUCUUGAGAAGGAGAAAGCUUCUCUGCUGGAACGAAUCCGUGAUUUGGAAGGUGAGGUUGCAGAGAUGAAGAAAUCCAAGUCGCAGAGUGAAAUCCGAAUCCGUGAUUUGGAGAAGAAAAUUUCACUUAUGGAGGCUAGGGAAUUUGACAAUAAGGAUCAGGGUAGCAAGCAUGAGGAGGAGACAAAAGCUAAAAUCUCGGAAAAAGAUGGAAAAAAUCUUCAGCUCCAGAAAGAUAUUGAGGGAUUGGAAUCGAAGGUCGUUGAGAAUACUUCGGCCUUGCAGAAGUUGCAGAAAGAGAUAAGCGAAAUUGAGAAACUGAACUCUUCUCUGGAAGUAGCUCUGAAACAAUCCCAAGAGAAAUUGAAGGAGACGGAAGCGAGGGCUAACCGUUUGCAGAAUGAACUUGCAGAAUCGGAGAAAUCAGUUAGAAAAUUUGAGGAACUGAACCCCAAUGGCACUGAGACAGCCAGGGAAUUAGACGCUGUCAAUGUGGAGAAAGGGUCGAAAGGUGUGAAGCUUCAGUGGCAAACGGCUGUGGUUUCCACCGGAACUGUUGCCGCAGCAGCGGCUUUAUUAUAUCUCACCUACGCCAGGCGAAGGUAGGAGAAAAGAGGAUAGAGAGAUUAGAGGAACAAACAUCUAAUCAAUAAUAAGGAAAAAAAGGUGAGGGUUUCAUGUUUUGACUACAAUUUCGUAUUGUUCUUCUGUCAAAUUCUCUGAUUUUUUUGCUGGGAUAUAUUCCUUAGUCUAAUCACAGAAGAACCGUAUAAAUGGAAUACACUACAAAGAGGAAUGAGAUCAUUUCUCCAUUUUGGUUUAUUUUAAUUUGAUCUUUUUCCACCUUUUUUUGGAAAUUUGAGAAUUGAGUAGAGGAACUACCUUCGAAUCUAGAGAUAAUUAAUUCAUCAUGUGAACUUAUUCGUUGUGUUUUUGACUUUUUAUAUCUUCUAUUGAUUGUAAUUUCAUCA